ACCUGAAGUUUUUCCAUAAUCCAAUGCCCCAGUGCCUCCUGUUUUGGCGCUUUUGCGUGUAAAUUUGUCCUUUGACCCCCGAGAUUUGCUAAGGAUCGUAACGCGCACGCGCACACGAUAUGUGGGCGCGGCAUAGUGACUGAACUUAUUCAGGGAUGGCUAGUGGGUACACGGAGCCUCCAUGCGACCCUCCAGAGGUCAGUAGAGCCUUCCAGCAGGCGGAAAUGAACAAGGACCCGACCAGAAAGUACGAAUAUUUGGAUCAUCCUGCUGACAUACAGAUUCAUGCCUGGGGUGACAGCAUCGAAGAAGCAUUUGAACAGGCUGCAGUGGGGAUGUUUGGUUACAUGACGGAGCUCUCUACGGUGGAGGAGACAGGGACUGAGACUAUAGAAGCAGAAGGUCAUGAUUUGGAAUCACUGCUGUUCAAGUUCCUCGACGAAUUCCUCUUUCUCUUCUCGGCUGAACCAUUCUUCACCCCAAAGAGAGUAAAGAUUACUGAUUUCAACAAGGAAACAUUCGUCAUAAAAGCUGAAGGGUAUGGUGAGACGUUUGACUUGAACAAACAUCCCCAGGGAACCGAGGUGAAGGCAAUCACAUACUCCAACAUGCAGAUCCACCAUAAUCAAGACGGACAUGAAAUAUACGUCAUUGUCGACAUUUAAGGUUUCAAUUUCAAUACCAAAAUUAAAUUUCCUGUGUUUUUAUAACGACACAUACUGACAUAACAACGAAAUCAACAAACAAAGUGUGUUUUGCUCAAUGUUUUUUGGGGUACGAAGUGAGAGGUCUGGACGAAUGUGGCAGCUUGUGCGUGUGCUGGUGGUGGGUGGAGGUCAGGGUUCGUAGCCGUGCCAACCGCUUUUGGAACUCAUCGCUAUGGAGCUCGGGAAUCAGUUUGGGUAGUAGGAUGUCAAAUACCCUCAGAAAGAAGUGUCUGUUGAUAUGAGGAUUUUUCAGGCAUUCCAGACAAUGUGUCACUGCAUGGCUGUAGUCCUCCGACCCAACCACAUAGGGCAGAAAAUUCGGGAGAAACUUUUUGAAAGCCGCAAUAGCCUCCUUCUUCCUCUCCUCCCUCUCUCCCUCUGUCAGCGUCUCUCUCGGGCUGCGGUCCAGGUCAUUGCAGCCCUCCACCCACAGAACGUGUCUCAGCCUGUACAACAUCCUCAUCCAAUUCUCCUCCUUCUUCACCACACUCUGAAGCUCCUCCGAUAGAAACCGAUCGAUGGCCCCGCCCACCAGCGUGAGGAGAGCUGUCUGUGUUGAUUUGUCGGUGGCCCAGAGCUCGGGACAAUGUCUUCUAGAAGCUUCCGUCCCGAGGGCAAGUAGAACGUCGCUCAACGGAUUCGUCUGUUGUUGUGAGCGAGUGAGAGAGGUGAGCGUGUGUUGGGUGAACGGUAUAGAGCACUGGCAAACGACGGUCACGAUCGUGCGAGAUACAAACACGACCGACGAAACGAAAUGAACCAGAUGGCGUCUUGUUUUUGCCAGGAACGAUUCAGUGUCAGCAGCUUGCGAUUUCAGCUGUGUAUUAAUAGUGACCGUGUCCACGGUAACGCCAUUUCCAUGGCAAUUGCCGACACACUUCCCUGAGUCUGGUUGUUCAACGCAGCUGUCAUCGUUUUCGUUGUCAAUUCCAACACUACCACCUGCCCUUUUCUCUAAAACCCUCUCAGAAUCUGUCAGAGACGAAGUUCUUCGUUUCACCUCCUCUCCAUCCUCACUCCCGAGCCCUCGUGUCGAACUAUCGUCCAGUGUGGACGCCUUUACUAACCUCUCCCUCCUCUUCCGGUGAGUGAUGACUGGCGAACUCGCCUGACCGGUUUGGGGAGCCCGGUUUUGCGUGACGAGCGUGUUCAGUCUUCGACAGGGGAGAGGUAGAGUGGUGUUGAGGAAGGCACUCAAAACACUCUCCAUUGGUCGUUUGGGGAGGGG